ACAUUAGACAUGCCACUGCAAUUCCAACUUCGCUCACUCUCCUCUCACUGCUCCUCUUUCCUCAUUUCUAAGCACUCCUUCAACCUUCUUACACUUCACCUCCGCCGCUCCAUGGCCGCCACCACCAACUCUGCCGAGCCCAUGAUAAGUCCAUCAAACACUCGCGUGGGCUGGAUCGGCACCGGUGUCAUGGGCCGCUCAAUGUGCUCCCACCUUAUCAAAGCCGGCUACACUCUCACCGUAUUCAACCGCACUCUCUCCAAGGUCCAACCGCUCCUCGAUAUGGGGGCUCACCUGGCCCACUCCCCUCAAGCCGUCGCUUCCCAAUCCGACGUCGUAUUCUCCAUCGUUGGCUACCCUUCCGACGUCCGCGCUGUCCUUCUGGACCCAUCCUCUGGCGCCCUCGCUGGCCUCCGUUCCGGCGGUGUCCUAGUUGAUAUGACCACAUCGGAACCCUCUCUCGCAUCCGAGAUCUCCUCCUCCGCCGAUGCCAAAGGCUGCGCCGCGAUCGAUGCUCCGGUAUCUGGCGGCGACCUGGGAGCAAGGAACGGGACCCUAGCUAUCUUUGCCGGUGGCGAUGAGUCCGUGGUCAAUCGAUUGAACCCUCUUUUCACCCUGUUGGGGAAGGUCAACUACAUGGGCGGCCCAGGCAGAGGACAAUUCGCGAAGCUAGCGAACCAGAUCACCAUUGCUUCGACAAUGGUGGGGCUAGUCGAGGGAAUGGUGUACGCUCACAAGGCCGGCCUCGACGUUGCUCUGUUCUUGAAGGCGAUAUCGACUGGCGCGGCUGGAUCGAAGUCUCUUGAUUUGUACGCGGCUCGGAUUCUGAAGAGGGAUUUUGAGCCGGGUUUCUUCGUGAAUCACUUUGUGAAAGAUUUGGGGAUUUGCUUAAAGGAGUGUCAGAAUAUGAGUCUUGCUCUUCCUGGGUUGGCUUUGGCUCAACAGCUUUAUCUCUCGCUUAAGGCGCACGGUGAAGGGAAUUUGGGUACCCAAGCGCUUAUUUUAGCUCUGGAGAGGCUUAACAAUGUUUCUCUUGAAUCUUCUGUUCAUUCGUCUGCUCCAGCUAGUUAGACUGUGGUAAGUAAAGAUAAUAAUGUUAUUUGGGACAGUGUGUUAAAUUAAAAUAAAUUAUUCAUUAUGAUUAUGAGUAUACGAAGUUAAUAUUACAUAAUGAAGAUUCUAUACAGUUCA